GCUGCUUCCUUCCUUCCUCUUCAGCCACAUACACAGGAAGAAGGGUCCCAGCUGUUAGAGGAACAUGAGAGGUAACAGGCUGUAAUAGAGGCUGUGUAUUGUGCUAUGCCCAUUCAUACUGCUGAUGUAAUCAUCCUGCAAACUGUACAAUAUGAAUAAUAGGAAUGUGAAGACUUCUGGGAGGACUAGCCUGCUUUAUCUCAGCACACAAUCUACGAGAAGGACAGCCAACUCUGACCAGGGAUACCUGUGUCCGCUCUGCAUGCCACGGUACUGUAAUAAGAUUACUAUGACUAUCCGGGGUGUAUCCCUCCGUUCUUGCCUUUACUUUACUGCUUUGUGUAUAUUCUGCUUCCUUCAUUGUGUAUGGGCUGGCUCCAGUCAGUGGGAUCACCUUGGUUCUGAAUACGUGGAAGGGGAGACCAUGUUCCCAGAUCCAGGAGUGGAUGACCUCAGCCAGGAACUCAUCCAUGGCUCUGCUGUACAUGGUGACCCUGAUCAGGUGUCAGAACAGCAUCUGGUGUCAAUGCCUGGACAUUGGGAAGAGUCCGACUUCCAGCCGUCCAGUGUCUUCUCCACACAAGACCUGGGCGCUGUGAUGGUAGACACUUACAGGGGUCCCGGGAACACCGACUCGAGGAGUAACAAAGAGCUGCCGAUUCUACUGUGGUGGAGCGAAAACUUGUUCCCGCACUUUCCGGGGGACACUGAGCGGAUCGAUUGUCCCCAAAGCUCUUGUAUGGUGACAAAGAACAAAGGUGUGAAGCUAUACAAAAGGACUAAAUCUGUCAUCUUUUAUGGAACGGACUUCAGGGCUUAUGAAGCCCCCCUUCCUAGGUUGUCCCAUCAGACAUGGGCCCUAUUUCAUGAAGAAUCCCCCAUGAACAACUAUGUUCUGUCACAUCUACCAGGGAUCAGGCUCUUCAACUAUACAGCGACCUUCCGGCGAGAGUCUGAUUACCCCCUCACCUUACAGUGGCUGCCCACUAUCAGUUACUUACAGCACCCAGCAGUGUCUCUAGAAGAGAAGAAUAAAUGGCGUGACAAGGGCUAUGCCCCCAUACUCUACAUGCAGUCCCACUGUGAUGUUCCAUCAGACAGGGACCGCUAUGUCAAGGAAUUAAUGAAUUACAUACAGGUUGAUUCAUAUGGCCAGUGUUUGAAGAACCACCCACUCCCAAAUAAAAGACUUGAGGACACAUCAACAGCCACUACUGAAGAUCCGGAAUUUAUGGCAUUCACCUCCAGGUAUAAGUUUCACUUAGCAAUGGAAAAUGCCAUAUGCUCUGAUUAUAUGACUGAGAAGCUUUGGCGCCCAAUGCAUUUAGGGGCUGUUCCCAUUUACCGCGGCUCGCCUUCCGUGAAGGACUGGAUGCCCAACAACCACUCUAUCAUAUUGAUCGAUGACUUUGCUUCACCUAAAGAACUGGCAGACUUUAUCCUCUCUUUGGACGGAAAUGAUGAAAAGUACCUGAGAUACUUGGAAUAUAAAAAACCCGGCAGAACAACCAACAAGUUCCUGGUAGAAAGUAUAGAGAAGAGAGAAUGGGGAGUGAAUGACAUGACAGCUCCUAACUACCUCAAUGGCUUUGAAUGCUUUGUAUGUGACCAGGAAAAUGCAAGAGUCAAAGCAGAGAAGAGACACCGAAAGGGAAAAGUUCCAGCUCCUGCUAAACACAUUGCUGAGUACAAUCAUAUGGGAUGUCCUAUGCCCGUGCCUGGUCUGGGAAGUGCUGAGGAGCUUCCAGAAGAUGAUAGCUGGAAGCAGAUGUGGCUACAGGAUUACUGGCAGGGUUUUGACCAGGGAGAAGCACUUACUGCCAUGAUUUUAAGGAAUGAAACAAGUCAAGACAAAUUUUGGGAUUUCAUGCACGAAAUGUUUAUUAAAAGGAACAUGAAUCGCUGACCUCCAUACAUUAUUACGGAGAGUAACUGUUUCCUUUUUAAAAACCAAGUAUUGCUGAACUGUGAAACUCUAAAGAGUCCUUGUUUACUGUGGUAAAGCAUUUUGUACCUGGCAAAGAUUGGUUGAUUUCUGCCAUUUACUAAGCAAUUCGUGUGUAUGGAAAGCGUCUUUCUCACAAUAUGUACACGCCUUUUUCAUAGGAACACGAAUGUACUGUAUGAACUUUCCUGAAUUCUCCAAAUUGGGGAUUUUUUUUAUUUCUUUUUAAGCUUCUAUUUAUAGAUCUUUUUAACACUAGGAGAGAGUGGAAAUGACUGUAUUUAUACCAAAUAAGUGUUGUUUCUGUCACACUGAACUCAUAGGAAUGCUAAAAGGUGAAUUACACAUGUAUGAAUCCUGCAGGACUGAAGACCAUAACUAAUCCUACUGACCUCCUAGUCUGAAGCCCCUGUGCAUUUAUAUACAUGUGUUAAUAUUUUACUUUGUUCACCUAAACAAGAGCAGAACAUGCUUAUGCAGGUUUUCACUGGCUAAUAAAGUCAGAAAAAUCUUGAAAAGAAUGCCAAAACCCACUUGAAGCAGAUCAGAAGGACGUCAACUGUAGGUCUAAUGCAUCAGUCAAUGAUUUCUGAAUAAUCCCAGAAGUGAAGCUCAUCGACACAAGGCCAAAGCCUGAGGACCCCGAGCGAUGACUUUCCUCCAGACUGGUGUCUUUGCUGUAUUCAUCGGCAUGCCCCACUGAAGUCAGCGGACUUUCAUUCUGCAGUGUUAGUUACAUCCAGUAUGACAAGUAUGGUAGUAGUGCCCUCAAUUUGUAGUCCAAUAGUGACAUUCCAAUUGUACCUGCAAAAAAAUGUGGGCAUUCUACCAGCAUUUUUCCAAUAAAUAAAAUAGAAAAUAAUCAAA